AAAAGGUAGAUGCCAGCUGUUUUCUUAAGAGCUCGCGCGGGCUACGAUUGCAAUUUCGCAAACCGGUAUAAGUUGUAUUAUUCAGAGUUCGUCCUGCUGUUUCUUAAUUUUGAAGGAAAAGUAUUGCCGUCAUGUCGUGGAAUCCGGAUGAAAGCUUGGAAGAAAGCGAUGAAGAGGAGGAGUCAGUGGGAGCUAAAGGCCGUGAAGCUUAUAUUUUUGUUGUCGAUGCACUUCUGUUUAGAAGUUACGAACAUUUCGAAGAGUGCCUUGCAAUAAUCCGGGACGCCCUCCUAAACGGCGUAUUGACACGCGGGAAGGAUCUCAUUGGAAUGGUUCUCGCUAACACGGAGCAUAGUCCCCCGCCAAAGGAUUCCACGGGCAUGGAGAACAUUGUGCCGCAUAAAAACACGGCCGUCUUCAUUCCGCUGCGUCCUCUAUCCAAAGAGGCUGUGCAGUACUACUUGAAUUUCCAAUCGCCCGACCACUUUGACUUCGAAAACAAGUACGGAUGCCAGGAAGGCAGCUUCGCCAACACCAUGUGGCUUUGCACGAACAUGUUCCAGCAAUGUGGCUACAAGCUCUCUUUGCCAGCCAUCAUCUACUUCACCGACCGGACGUCCCCGCACGAAGUCAAUUCGCCGGAAUUCCAGCAGGCCAUGCGGAAAGCUAAAGACUUGAACGAAAUCGGUGUCGACUUCACCGUUUGCCCAAUGUCGGACCAGUUCGAUUACAAUCUUUUCUACAGAGAGUUUUUCUGCACAGUGACGGACACAGACUUGGACAGCUACAACCCAGACGACCCGAGGCGGGUUAGGGCGGUGAUUGCGAAUAGGAUGAUCCGUCGGAAUUUCCAAACCCAUUGCAAUGCUUACGUUCGCUGGAAGAUUAGCGACGAUCUAAACAUCGCGGUGGGUAUUUAUAAUUUUUACAAACGACAUGUCUACCCGAAGCCAGUCACUUUGUUCCGAGAGGACAAUUCGCUGAUUGAGACAAAACGGUCCUAUAAGAUUCUGUCGAUGGAUGACUGUGAGGCACGGAUUUGUCUGCCGAACGAGCAAAGAAAAUCCAUAAUAAUGUGCGGUGAAAAAAUACAUUUUUCAAAUGAAGAAUUACAUCAUAUGAAAACACCAAUGGGACCUGGUAUUCAAUUACUUGGAUUCAAACCCCGCGGGACGCUGAAGCAAGAGAAUUUCCUGAAAAGUGCAGACUUUUUAUAUCCGAAUGAAAAGUUUUUAGUUGGGUCUACGAAAUUGUUUCGUGCGCUUUGGGAGAAAUGUCUGGAAAAAAAUAAAAUAGCCUUCUGCGUGCUGGUAGCGAGGAGAAACGCCUCACCGCAGUAUGUUGCACUAAUUCCUGUGGAAAAUGAAAAUAAUGAAUCAAAUAUCAAUGGAAUAUGCAAUGAAGGCUUUCAUAUUUGGUACUUUCCAACUCACUCUGACAUUCGAAAAUUACAUUUUGCCGAUCGACCUGUUUACGAAGACAGUGCAGAAGAGUUGGAUCUAAUGACAAAGAUUGUAAAAAAAUUAAGGAUAAAGUAUUCACCAGAAAGCUUCAAAGAUCCCGCAUUGAGUGCUAUUCGAGCGAAUAUUGUAGAGGUAGCUUUUGAUAUUGAAGCUCAAGACCCUAUCGAUUUAAAUAGCUUAGAAUGCAUGGGAAUUGAUGAAGAACGUUUGAAUAAUAUCAUACAAAGUUUCAAGGACGACUUACAGCUCAUUCAAUCGGAUCCUGUACCCGAGAAUAUUCCUCAGAAAAGAAAAGCAGGUGCGAGUCAGAGUCAAAAGACAAAAGUGACGAGAGCUGAAAGCGCUAUCUCGAAAGAAGAUAUUGAACGUUUGAUUGCGAAUGAUACCCUGGGGACACUUACCGUCAAGGAUCUCAGAGAGUACCUACGAACCAAUAAUAUAGCUGGAAUCUCUAGUGCAACAAAACCUGCGCUUAUCAGUAAAGUAUUAUCUUUACAUGCACAAGAAUAAUAAAAUUACUAUGUUAGAUUUAAAGAAUCAUUUAAUUCUAACAAAUAAAUAAUUACAAAGAUAUAUAGAAAGGAACGAAAAUAAUUACGUUAUGAUGCAAGUUAUAUAGAAUAUAAGAGGCAGCACUAAAUUAUCGACUUGAUCAGUAAAUGCUUCUAUCAACGAACUAAAAAUUAUUGCAAAUCCCGUUGUUAACUUCGAUAUUGGAUUAAGAUGGAUAUAGCCGAAAUGCACAAGCAAGAAUACUGCCAAAGUUUGUGCGACCAUGUUAGCAAUAGUUCCUUCCACUGAUUUAGUCGAAUCUGAAAGAAAAGUCUAUGUUAUGUUACGUUUGUUUGAAAUAUAUGUAUGUAUUAAGAACUUUUUAUAAUAUAUUCACAAUAAAAAAUG